UUCCAAACCUCUCCAAGCUCGAAUACCUUUCGGAUCUCAAGCUGCACCCAUGGCCUAUAGGUCUAGAAUUCGCGACAAUUGCAGCUUUCCUUGUGCGGCAUCCCUCAAUCAUGGUUUUCGACCUGUACGCAUCCUUGAAAGGCCGACUAAGCGACUUCAGAAAGCGAUACUUGGUUGAGAUCAAAGCCCACUCGAUGUUUAUAGCGUGGAUUUUGGGCCCCACAAACGCCUGCCUCUAUCCCGUAACUCUCUUCGACUACAACUUCUUCGACGACGCUCUGUUCAUCCUCGCUGUACAGUGGAUGGAGGCACACGUUUCUCAAGGUCGCACAUUGAGCAUCGUCACUCGUCUGCACGUCAAGAACCUCGGCAUCCACUGGAACUACUGGUUAAAUCAAUCUUCCGGGAUAUGCCAGCUGUGUUUGCGGAGUUUCUUAGAGUUUCUGGUGCUCUUCCCCAACUCUUCCCGCGCUUGGAACUCGUUGAUUCUGCGGAUGAGCGGGCUUGUCGGGUUGAAGUGGAGAGGGUGA